CUCCGGCGACCCCGGCCCGGCCGAGCGCGGCCACCCCCUCCCCCCGCGGACCAUUGUGAGGUCAGGGCCGGCGGGCGCGUUGGGGGGCCGGGAGAGACGCCCGGAGCGGCCGCUGUGGCCAGUAGCUGCCGCCGCCACCGUCGGCCCCUUCACCGGCUGCCCUGUUCAGACCUAGCCGGGAGGGGUGAGAGAGAUGCAGCUUGGGGCCCAGCUCCGGUACCGCACCCCGUAAAGGGCUGAUCUUCCACCUGGCCACCUCACCUACGGGAAGCCACGACCAAAUCAGCUUAGACCUCUUCUGGUGCUUGUGAAACGGAACACAACCAAAGUAUGGAUAUGGGAAACCAACAUCCUUCCAUCCGCAGGCUUCAGGAAAUCCAGAAGGAAGUGAAAAGUAUAGAACAGCAAGUCAUUGGCUUCAGUGGUCUGUCAGAUGACAAGAAUUACAAGAACCUGGAGAGGAUGCUGACGAAACAGCUCUUUGAGAUCGACUCUGUAGAUACGGAAGGAAAAGGAGAUGUUCAGCAGGCCAGGAAGAGGGCCGCGCAGGAGACCGAGCGUCUGCUCAAGGAGCUGGAACAGAAUGCCAACCACCCGCACCGGCUGGAGAUCCAGAGCAUUUUCACAGAAGCCCAGUCGCUGGUGAAGGAGAAGAUCGUGCCGUUUUACAGUGGCGGCAACUGCGUGCCUGUUGAGUGCGAAGAAGGCAUCCAGGAUAUCAUUCUGAGGCUGACGCACGUGAAAACGGGAGGCAAGAUCUCCCUGCGGAAAGCACGGUAUCACACUUUAACCAAAAUCUGUGCCGUGCAAGAGAUUGUCGAGGACUGCAUGAAAAGGCAGCCAUCCCUGCCGCUGUCCGAGGACGUGCAUCCUUCCGUAGCCAAGAUCAACUCCGUGAUGUGUGAGGUGAACAAGGCCAGGGGCACCCUCAUCACAUUGCUCAUGGGCGUGACCAGCAAUGAGACGUGCAGGCACUUAUCGUGUGUGCUCUCGGGGCUGACCGCCGACCUGGACGCACUAGACGUGUGCGGGCAUCCCGAGAUCCGGAAUUACCGAAGGGAGGUUGUGGAAGACAUCAACAAAUUACUGAAGUAUUUGGAUUUAGAAGAGGAAGCUGACAGGACCCACGCGUUUGACCUAGGACAGAAUCAUUCCAUUUUAAAAAUAGAAAAGGUCCUCCAGAGAAUGAGAGAAAUAAAAACCGAACUCCUUCAAGCCCAGAAUCCUUCUGAACUGUACCUGAGCGCCAAAACAGAAUUGCAGGGUUUGAUUGGACAGCUGGAUGAGGUGAGUCUUGAAAAGAACCCCUGCAUCCGGGAAGCCCGGAGGAGAGCCGUGAUUGAAGUGCAGACCCUCAUCACUUACAUUGACUUGAAGGAAGCCCUGGAGAAAAGAAAGCUGAUCGUGUGUGAGGAGCACCCGUCACACAAAGCCGUCUGGACCGUCCUCGGACACUUGUCCGAGAUCCAGGAGGAAGUUCUCUCAUUUGACGGAAACCGAGCUGAUAAGAACUACAUCCGGCUGGAAGAGCUGCUCACCAAGCAGCUGCUGGCCCUGGACGCAGUGGACCCGCAGGGGGAGGAGAAGUGCAAGGCGGCCAGGAGGCAGGCGGUGCGACUGGCGCAGAACAUCCUCAGCUACCUGGACCUCAAGUCCGACGAGUGGGAGUACUGAGGCCAAGGGGCGCCCGGGGCGCCCGCCGCGCUUGCUGUUCCGCACUUUACACAGACGUCCAUGUGUUUGCAGAGCUUUCCGUUCUCUGAGCCUCCCUGUGAUUUACACGUGCAUAUUUCAAUCUCAGUAUUUAUGAUUUAAGCAAAUUAUAUUCAGUAUCUCUGCUGCUUUUGAUAUCGCAAAACAAAUAUCAUUACAGCACAUUAACUUUUCCAUUGGAUCGUUAUCUGUAUGUUGUGUGGUUUUUUAAAAAUCAAAAUGGAAUACGGGCAGCUUUUGUAAUUUUUAACUGGGUUGUACAAGCAUUAAAAUGCAGAUAUUUCAGAAUCUAGCACUAGACAGCCUUGCAUAAUCCUAGAACAAUUAUGAGAAGGGAACAUUUUUGGUUAAGUAGGAGGAGAGCCCAAGCGCAGAAGCAGUACACUGUUUUAGUAUGCUAAAUAAAGCAGGAGGACUUUAUCAUUUUUAAAGCCUGAUUGGUCCCACCCCAUUUACAGGUGGGCUUGGGUUUUCUUUUUUUGGAUGGUCUGUUCUUUCAUAAACUUUUUGUUUGAAAAACAAUGUAUUCCCCCCCAUACUCUGCAUUGAGAGAGAGGAAUCUUAACUUUUGUGACAUAAGAAAAUUAUGACAAUUGAUAGCAAAGAAAUCUUCGAGACUGUAUUGAAAAAGGGAUAAAACACCAGCUAAUGCCUCCAGGUUGUUUUGUAAAAUCUCAACUUGCAGUUUUGCUUAGGAAGGAUGGGCGCAUUAAAUGAAGUUAAUGGACCUUUAGGAAAAAAAAAGGGAAACACCCAGACCUGGGGGGGGAUCAUGGGAACUGGAGCGCAGUUGUCAAUGUCAGGAGAUAUAAAACCAAGCAGACGAGUCUGAGUGAAAGGCGGACGAGCCUGGCGGGGCCGCACAAUGGGCAGACGUGUUAAACAUACUCGGUGCCACGGGACAGCGCACGGGAACAGGAACGGUCAGCCCUCCCCGCGGGACCCAAUCUUUACAGCUUGUCUGAGGAAGGCAGCCGUCGGCUACUGGCAUCUUGAACUUGGCACAAUGGGACCAAGCAGUAAAAGCUGCUGUGAGCACCAGCCGUGUUUCCCCAGCUCACAUCACUAGCCCCUGGUGUUUCCCUAGUGCCAGAGCCAGCAGGGUCUGUCAGGGCACGGGGUUUUUUCUGCGAAAGGGUAUCCAUGUUUCUGUAUACUUUCUGAGGACCCAAUUUUACGGUUGCCUUUUAAUGUGAACAAAAAUUAGAGUUGUGAAGUGCCUUGAUAACGAGUUGGUCCCAGCAUUACAAUUACCAGACUGUUCUUUCUGUAGUCACCUUUCACAAGUAAUCCUGGUCCAGUACAUCUCUUGAACUCUAUAGUAAUCCUUUGCCAUCUUUCUGAGAUACUCAUUUGGUAACUUUAUGUAAACAGCUAGAAAUAAGAUAGAUAAAGAAAUAGCCCUAAAUAUGCAAAAGAUGGUAAAAGUGUAACCCUAGACAAACUUCCCUUUGUGUCAGUAUUGCCCAGUAAUGAAAAGCCUGUGAUACGGCCUCCCUACUAGAAACGUACAUUGAAUAGUAGGGUCGAAGGGCAGUGCGUCCCUCCCAAUACACACCCAGCUCCUGGCAACUGAGGGGUCGGUCAGCAUAAGUUUUAUUUCAGGAUUGCUAUUCUGUAUCAUAACUUUAGGGUCCUCUGAAAAUCAAAGACUAAAUGCAGGUGGUGUCUGGUUACAGCACCGGAAGUCCAGGCUUUACUCCAUUCAGCUCAGAUGCCUGUGGUGGCUGUGCUUCAUUGUGAAUUUCAGGUCUGAAAGUUAACCCUCAGCAUUUCCUUUCAAAGUAUCCAUUGUUCUUUGAAAACAGUUCUAAGGCUGUGUUCAUUUCACACAUGUUCCAGAGCUUUGAGCAGUGUGUGUGCAUACGGGAUACUGAACUUGGCCAUGGUCAUUUUGGAUUGCUCACUUGGGUUAUUCUGACAUCAAAACCAUCAAAUCAACCUUGACUGCCUGGUAAGACAAGACGUUUCCUGUGUUCAGUCUGUUCCAGCUCCUUGUAGCUGCUUAAUCUCCUGAAAUGAGCCCUAGUGACACUGGAUUUAGCUUUUCUUGUCCCUCAUCGGGAGCCGUCUGUGUUAAUGUGGGCUGCCGCAUGUAAUCUUUAAAUGAGGCUCAUCACAUUGUAUUGUAUUUUUAUGAUCUGACAUGAAGAGAAUCUGUAAUGGAAGCAAAAGCUAGCCCUAAGAAUGUCUGGCCUUGGGUCUGCAUUAAACGGUGUAGUCCAUGUUCGUGCAAAAACUGCUGGGAACAUUUGUUUUCUUUACCUUCAGUCAGCACCGCUUCAAACACACUGCAUCCAGACAGACUGAAGUCAACCUGUAGUGAAGGAGCCACGAACAUACGUGGAAUCAAUAUGUGCACUAAGUACAGUUCAGUGCUUUAUUUCCUUAAAUGGCUUGGUGUAUGUGACAUAAUGUAGUAUAUUUGAGAAGUUGAACCAGUUUUUCUCAUUUGUUUUAUUUUGCCAAUUUUUAUCUGGUUUUUCAGGGUCUGAGCUUAACCUGUACAUAGUUUUUCUAAGCAAAGCUUUUCAGCUUUUAAGUCAUCUGGUACGUUGGAGAAUAACAGGAGACAUAUUUGCCGUUGAUUUUGAUGUAUAAUACAGGCGUGUCAUUCCAGUGUGUUGGUUCCUGCCUAUUUAUUUACUGUAUGACUCUUGUAAUAGUAUACCUUAAAUAUUCAGUAUGAUUUUGAGAUAUACAUAGUAGUUGACCCUUAAUUAUGAAUGAAAUAAAAAAGAG